CGCCUUUUGACAUUCGUAUAUCAAGUUGGGGCCAACAAAUUUCGCCUAUAAAUAUCUUCAGAUCGGUGACAUUCAGCUAGUACUCUCCCGUCUUUGGUCCCAGCAACAUGCAACUCUUCGCCGUCCUCUCGCUCGCCCUCGUGGCCCUGGCCGCGGCCGAUGUCAGCCACCUGAGCAACACCUAUCUGCCACCCCGGUCCGGUGCCGCCUCCACCAGCUACGAGUCCUACCAGUCGGCACCCGCCGAGUCCGCCUCCUUUGCCUCGGAGUCGUCCUACUCGGCCCCCGCGGAAGCCGAAGCUGCCACCUACAACAGCGAGUCGUAUGUCGCUCCUGCCGCCGCCGCCGCCGCCACCUACAACAGCGAGUCGUAUUCGGCACCAGCUGCCGCCGCCACCUACAACAGCGAGUCGUAUGCCGCCCCAGCUGCCACCGACAACAGCGAGUCGUAUGUGGCUCCUGCCGAGAGCAGCGCUGAGGAGAGCUACGCCCAGCCCGCCGCUGUGGCUGCUGCCUCGUACUCCGCUCCCGUGGUGACCAGGACCUACACUGCCCCCGCUGUGGUGAAGACCUAUUCCGCUCCAGCCGUCACUUCCUACACGAACACCUACACUGCCCCCGCUGUCGUCAAGAGCUACUCCGCCCCAGCGGUGACUUCUUACACGAACACCUACACCGCCCCCGCCGUUGUGAAGACUUACUCCGCCCCAGCUGUCAGCUCCUACUCUGCCCCCGCUGUUGUGAAGACCUACUCCGCCCCAGCUGUGACUUCCUACACCGCUCCCGUGGUGACCAAGGCUUACUCCGCUCCCGUGGUGACCAAGACCUACACCGCACCUGCUGUGGUCAAGACCUACUCCGCCCCGGCUGUGACUUCUUACACCAACACCUACACUGCCCCAGCUGUGGUAAGGACCUACUCCGCCCCCGCUGUCAGCUCCUACACCGCCCCCGCUGUGGUAAGGACCUACUCCGCUCCAGCGGUGUCCACCUACUCGGCCCCUGCCGUUUCAACCUACCGCGCUCCAGCCGUGGUAAGCGGAUACUCUGGCAUCGACACCACCUACGGCACCAACGGUGGCUACGUCUACUAGACGACACCGAAUCCCCGAACCCAAGCAUAAUGCAAGCACAUUUUUUUUUUUAAAUAUAUCAAAAUCAAAUAAUUGAA